UCGGAGUCACUGUUUGUUCAGUCUUUAUUAGUCAAAGCACGAAAAAACAAACAAGCCAGUUAGCCACAAUAACUAAUUCGAGAUGAAAACUCUUCGUGGGUUGAAGUUCUUCGUUCUGAUGAGUAUUUUAAUCGCCCAGUUUUCCUUUUACGACGCCAAGGAGAAGCUUCAAAUGACGCUUUCCGAGCCCUCUAGCUUUAAACCUCCCAAUGCUGCGAUAUGCUCCAUGUUGAAGACACUCGAGAAUCUUGGCUAUAAAAAAGAAAGAAAAUCGGUUAAGAGGCUGGAUAAAGGUGGACGGGAUGUUGAAAAAGAGGAUUUUUAUUACAAAUUAGUGGAUUGCUCUGAGAAAGCCUUGCUUGAAACUGGAAAGGAAUUAAACUCGUCUAUUCCAGGUUCUUUUGGGAAGGAAAUGUCUCGCAAGGUGGCUGAAGAAUUCAAAGUAUUAUUCAGGCAUUUCAAUGUUGGUAAUGGAAGUUGUAAAGUGGGUUUGGUGGUUAAUUUUAAGGGAGGCCAGGACUGCGAUAAUACGGAGCGCAAGAAGAUUGAUCUUUCCCACCAAAGUAUUAAGACGAAAAAGAGCCCUAUUCCUCGACUCGAGGCCUCGGAGGCUGAAUUAAGCAAAAGAAGAUUCCGUUUUCGUCGUUCUCGCCGUUUGCGUCGUUUUCGUCGUCGUUUUCGUCGUUUUCGUCGAAGAAUUAGAAUCACGUUCCAAGUCUCUGCGACCGGAAAAAAAGACUUCUCGUCGUAAGAGGAAUGAUUCAUGACAGGCGUAGAGACUUGGGUUAUAGCUACAUCGAAAUUCGUCAACCUAAAAAUUGAUUUAUGCUAUUUUUAGAGUGGCCUUUGUAACGACUGUAUAGUUUUCUUUUUUUUUAUGUGACUAUUUCAGUAGAGCUGAAUGAUCUUGUAAAACCAAGCUCACGUUGAAUGACGGUGUAUAUGACGGUUUCACUGAAAGAGGAUCGCAGAUUUUUGUGUAUUCAUUUAUCUGUUUCUUAUAUUCAUGUUAUCGGUGAUGAAACUGCUUAUAACGUCCAAAUUAUGGAUGCAAAAUGUGCUGUAGUAAAACAAGGGUUUAAAUGGAGCAAAGUCUUCUGGUUUAACUGCAAAGAUAAAGUAUAAAAAUUUUCAGUUCUUAAAUAAAGGUUUUAAAGAACCCU